AUGGCGACCAUCCAGGCCAUCGAGGCUCGUUCGGUCCACCAAAUCCAAUCUGGCCAGGUGAUUGUAGACCUGUGCUCCGUUGCCAAAGAGCUGGUCGAGAAUAGCCUCGACGCAGGCGCAACGACGAUAGAGAUCCGAUUCAAGAACAAUGGGCUGGACUUGAUUGAGGUGCAGGACAACGGGAGUGGCAUCUCGCCGGAGAACUACGAGAACGUUGCGCUAAAACACUACACCUCCAAGCUAUCCUCCUUUGAAGACCUCUCAAGCCUCCACACCUUCGGCUUCCGCGGCGAAGCUCUCUCCUCACUAUGCGCCCUCGCCGACUUCCACAUCGUCACAGCCCAAGCAAAUCAAGUCCCCCGUGCAAACAGACUAGACUUUGAGAUCUCCGGCAAACUUCACAAGACCCAGAUCGUGGCCGGACAGAAGGGGACUACAGCCUCGGUGGAAGGUAUCUUCAAACGACUACCGGUACGUCGGCGCGAAUUGGAGAAGAAUAUCAAGCGAGAGUACGGAAAAGUGUUGAAUCUGCUUCAUGCCUAUGCCUGCGUUAGUGCUGGAGUCAAGUUCAGCGUCCGGAAUACCGUGGGCAAGACGAAGAAUGUGGCUGUAUUCUCUACGAACGGGAAUCGUACCACCAAAGAGAAUAUUGCCAAUGUGUACGGGGCUAAGACGCUGUCUGCGCUGAUUCCACUCGAUCUAGAGCUGAAGUUUGAACCCUCCGCUCCUAUGAGACGCAGUGGCGGUGAUGCGGAAUCUAAUCGGUUGGUCGUUAUGGGCCAUAUCUCUCGACCUGUUUUCGGAGAAGGGCGCCAGACACCUGAUCGACAGAUGUUCUUUGUGAACUCGCGGCCGUGUGGGCUACCGCAGAUUGCAAAGGCAUUCAAUGAAGUUUAUAAAUCGUUUAAUGUCUCGCAGUCGCCGUUUAUAUUCGCGGAUUUUCAGAUGGAUACAAAUGCUUAUGAUGUGAACGUGUCGCCGGAUAAGCGGACGAUUCUACUGCAUGAUGCGGGGGCUCUGAUUGAGUCGUUGAAGACGUCUUUGGUACAACUGUUUGAGGCUGCGGAUCAGACGGUUCCUCAAUCGCAGGUGUUUGGCUCCAAGGCUUCGACGACGGCCAAGCCGCAAGCACUGGGAUCGCUUCCGGGUUUCGUCUCUGCUCGACAGGUUGCGCAAGGCACGCUCGAGUUUGCCGUCACGCCCGAUAGAGACCAGGAAGUGGAUGACUCUGAGAGGGAGUCAGAAGCUUCGCAGCGGACGGUGCAGAAAAGUAUCAAGCGCUUUAUGAGCACUCAAGGGUCUGACGAAGUAGAUGCUUUAUCGACUCCUAUAAAAUCUACACCAAAGUCUCAGCAGACACCGAUGCCGUCAUUAGCUGAGCAUCCUUCUUCCACAGAGCCUGUGGAUGAGGAGGAUGAUCGGUCCGAACAACAAGCGGAACAUGAGCUUGAAGACGAAGCAGUUCAACCACUUCCACGUCCACCCUGUCCACCCGCAGAGCCUGGCGUAGCACCAUCUCAGCCACCAGAUGAGUCUGAAGAAAUGCCAAACGUGAUUCAGAAUGCGUUUGAUCGAAUGCGCCCUCGUCGAAUGCCAGCUGAGAUGGCCACAAUUACUAUCGGUGAUCACACGGUGACUUCCAUGAUUGGCAGUGGUCGCCCGCGAAAGAGACCAUCUGAUAUCGGCUAUUCGUCCAAUGGACCAUCCAAGCGGAAGCGACGAAUCCAUACGCCGUCCCGACCUAAUAUAUUCGGGGAGCAGCUGAAGGCCUUUGCAGCACCUGGGACGCAGGUAGACGAAGAGGAAGAGGAAGGGGAAAGGAGUGACGAGGCUGUAGGUGAGGUCAAUGGAGAUGACUAUAUAGAUGAAGAGGUCGAAGAAGCGCAAGAGGAGGAAGAGGAGGUUUAUUCAUCUGAACCUGAGGAUACCGAUUACAUCCCAGAAGGAGACCGUGAGCCCUCUGAACAGGAGGCUGGGGAUGAAGAAAAACCAAGUGAAGAGCUACCAGCCGCCGAGGCAGACGAAAAUGCUCCCGAUGAAGCCGAGAAAAAGGCCCAAGAAGAAGCCCUCGUACAAAAGCUCAUCCACCAAGCCGAAGAAAAAGCCGUGCUUCCGUCCGAGCACAAUACCAGUCGUGCGAACAAAAUGAACAAGGGAGCCGCACAUCGCGAUGCUACGGUUCAACUUGUUACGACGAUUGAUGCUUCAGUAGCCAAACUCCAAACGCAGAUGGCGAGAUUACGAGAGAGCCUCGAGACACAUAAUGUGCCAUCCCGAAAGACCAACACCGAUCUCGCCUACGAAGAAACCGCAGAAGAACGCCUCUCACUCACUGUCAGCAAAGCGGAUUUCGCUCAAAUGCGCAUCAUCGGCCAAUUCAAUUUGGGCUUCAUCAUCGCCGUCCGACCGGGAGAAGACCACGAUGAGCUGUUCAUCAUCGACCAGCACGCCUCGGACGAAAAGUUCAAUUUCGAACGUCUCCAAGCCGAAACGGUCGUUCAAAACCAGCGUCUCGUCCGACCUCAGCGACUGGAUCUCACCGCCGUCGAAGAGGAGAUUGUCCUUGAGAACCGGUCCGCCCUCGAAAAGAACGGAUUCAUCGUCACCAUCGACGAGAGUGGCGACGAACCUAUCGGUCGGCGGUGCCAACUAGUCUCGCUUCCACUCAGCAAGGAAGUUGUCUUUGGCUCGCGCGAUCUGGAGGAAUUGAUCGUCCUCUUGUCCGAGGCGCCUGUGGUUGAUGGGGAUUCAGUACCUCGGCCUAGCAAAGUGCGCAAGAUGUUUGCCAUGCGGGCGUGUCGGUCGAGUAUCAUGAUUGGGAAGACUUUGACGACGCGGCAGAUGCAGCGGGUUGUGCGGAAUAUGGGGACGAUUGAUAAACCGUGGAAUUGUCCUCAUGGGAGGCCGACGAUGCGGCAUUUGAUGAGUCUGGGACAGUGGGAGGAGUGGGAUGAGUAUGCGGAUGAAGCCAGGGAAGAGGAGAGUUUGGGAGGAUUGGAUGUUUGGAGGAGAUAUGUGGAGGGGGCUGAGAAUGAGGAUGAAGAAGAGGAGGAGGAGGAAGAGGAAGAAGAGGAAGCAUAA